GUUCCGGUUGCAGCGGCGGGUGACGGCGCGGGAGCUGUGCGAGAACGAUGACCUGGCCACGAGCCUCGUGCUGGACUCGGUGCUCGGCUUCCGCACGCACAAGAUGGGCGUGAGCCCCCUUCCCGCGCUGCGCCGCCCCCACCUCCUUCGCGCCGCCGUGGACUCGUUCCGGCGCCGCCGGGACCCGGAAGCCGCGUGGCGCGCGCUGAGCGCGGCCUGGGCGGGGCCCUACUUCCGGCAGCGACGCCCCGCCCAGAGGGCGGCCCUCAAGAGCCACCUGCUGCGGUACCUGCGGGUGCUGCUGCCCGAGAGCGGGGUCUGCAUCCAGCGCUGCUGGCGCUACUCAAGCGAGAGCAACGGCGCCCGCGUCGUCUCCACCCGCGCCUGGUACGGCCCCAGAGACACCCCAUAG